UUAUUCUUCAUCAUUGAGAGAGCUUUUCUUAUAUACUAAAAAAAAAAGAACAUUAAUUAAGAUAGAUAUAUAAAGAGAUGGCUAUCAACAAUGAAGAGAAACAAGAAAUCAAACCCAUUGGACACAAUGAACUUGCUCACAAGAGUCUCCUUCAAAGUGAUGCACUUUAUCAGUAUAUACUUGAGACCAGUGUGUUUCCAAGAGAACAUCCAUGUUUGAAGGAGCUUCGUGAGAUGACAGAAAAACAUCCUUGGAACCUUAUGGCUACACCUGCUGAUGAAGGACAACUUCUAAGCCUGCUGAUUAAGCUCAUCAACGCAAAAAACACAUUGGAAAUUGGUGUCUUCACUGGUUAUUCUCUUCUCUCCACUGCUCUUGCUCUUCCUUCUGAUGGAAAGGUAUUGGCUUUGGACGUGAGUCGUGAAUAUUAUGAGCUGGGAUUGCCUAUAAUUGAAAAAGCUGGAGUUGUUGACAAGAUUGAUUUUAGAGAAGGACCUGCUCUCCCGGUUUUAGAUGAGCUUAUUCAAGACGAAAAUAACAAGGGGACAUUUGAUUUUGUUUUUGUGGAUGCUGAUAAGGAUAAUUAUCUAAACUAUCACAAGAGGGUAAUUGAGCUUGUGAAAAUUGGGGGAUUGAUCGGGUACGACAACACCUUAUGGAGCGGAUCUGUGGCGGCUCCAGCUGAUGCACCUAUGUUGGAUUAUAUUAAGCGUCUCCGUGGUUAUGUGAUUGAGCUUAACAAAUAUCUAGCUCAAGAUUCAAGGAUCGAGAUUUGUCAACUUCCGGUAGGGGAUGGAAUUACUUUGUGCCGCCGCAUCAACUAAUUAUUAUUCUUGGUGGUGAUUUGUUUGCAUGGAGAAUUUGAAGUCUUAUUAUGGAUUUUUAAUUAUUUUAAUAACAAGGUUGUGGUUUAUUAUUGUAUUGUUGAUCUUUGUUAAGUUCUUAUCAAGUGGAAAAGUUUGUUUCACCUAAUAUUUAUGUGCUUGCUACUUAUGUAAUCUUUAUUUUUUUUAUGUCAUGGUGGCCAAAGUAGCCAUUAGAGAUAUGGAUGGUUGCAUUAUUCUCAUGUGAAUAAAAAUGUUUGUACUUUUUU